CUCCACAAAUGGUCCGCCAGUUCAAGUUCCACGAAAAGAAACUCCUCAAGAAAGUCGACUUUCUCAACUGGAAACAAGAUGCCAACAUACGAGAGAUUAAAGUCAUGCGCCGGUACCACCUCCAAGAUCGAGAAGACUACCACAAGUACAACAAACUAUGUGGAUCUCUGAGGGCUUUCGCUCACAGAGUCUCCAUGCUCCCCCCUCAGGACCCCUUUCGCUCCCGAAUGGAAGGCCAUCUCCUCUCCAAGCUCUAUGAUAUCGGCAUCCUUAACUCGGCUGCAAAACUGAGCGACGUAGAAAAUAAACUCACCGUCGCCGCUUUCUGUCGACGCCGUCUGGCUGUCUUCAUGUGCAUGUCCAAAAUGGCCGAGUCAGUCAGUGCGGCUGCAAAAUUCAUCGAACAAGGUCAUGUCCGUGUUGGUCCAGAUACCAUCACAGAUCCUGCAUAUCUUGUCACAAGACACAUGGAAGACUUUGUCACAUGGGUCGACACGUCCAAACUGAAGAGAACUAUCAUGGCAUACAAUGACGAGCUCGACGAUUUUGAUUUGCUGUGAGCGCCUUCUGUGGUCUGCGUAUAGGAGAGCGAAAUGCCCCUUCAUAACCUGUUCGUGAGAGCCUUGGUGGCCAACAUCGAUAAUCUGCCCGACCAACUGGCACAAAGAACGAAGAGAGUACGCGAGGCAUACUAAGAGACCUUGUGUGGUACUUUACACUUCACUUCAAAAGUAUUUCAGUGGCAUAUAGUAUUGUCAAGUUGCACGUGAGGGAAACUAAUGUCUGUAGUCUUGCUUUCACGAAUGCAAUAAAGGUGUGGUUUUAGGGAGAUUCGCAUAUCAGAUAUGAUUU